UGAAAAGAAAAUGGAUGUGAACGAAAAUGGGGGAAAAGGACGAAAAGGACAUGCAAGUUGCGAGGGUGCUUGUGUGGAAAGUCCAGUAGAUGGCACUUGUGCGGGAGGAAAACCGUGUUGGAGUACGUAGGUGUGAAAAUUUCACAGAAAAUCGGUGAAAAUAGCGACAUGGAGGGUGAGCUCUGUGGCGACAGAAUGUGCAAGACAAGGUGAAAGGGUGGUGCGGUGAAAAGUGCAGCAGAAACUUGCGGAAAGCACCUCCGUGGCGUGCGUGGUGGUCCGUCUUGUUCGGGGGGCUUUUCACACACACUUUUCGUGGACGGAGGGUUCUUUUUGGGGAGAGGGCCGUUUUUUUUCUUCUUCUUCUCCGGAGGGCUCCUCUCUUGUCGCGUGUGAGGUGUGUGUGCGUGUGUGUGUGCGGGAACGUGUACUCUGUGCUCAUUGUGUGUGUGGGUGGGAUUUUGUGGUAGCCACGAAGGAAAAAAAAAGGACACCACACUGCAUAGAAGGGGGGCUGCUAUUUUGGCGAGACAACGCGGAGGGGGUGGAUUUUUUGGUUGCACAUUGGCAACCCCCGAAAAAGCUACACGAAGGACUCCCCACCCCCCGCAUACAGCAUAGUGGGGCUGAAAUUGCUCGCAGCUUUUUUGUUGGAAUUUCCCUUUCAAUGGACUUGUCUGAUGCAGAUGGGGGGCUGCGAGCGCCCCCGACUGUCUUCUGCUGAGAGGAUGUCGUAAUGGCAAGAGAGGAGGCUCGUGGCGGGAAAAGACCCCUAAAAAUUUGGGAUAGUUGGCGAAAUAUCCGAAAAGGUCUCGUUGUUGGCAGUUUCGAAGAAUUACUCGUUAGAGGAAAAGACAAAUUGGGCGUUCCCGCCUCGGAACCUGUUCGUGUGGUUCUUGAGUGUGACGGUACACAAGUUGAGGAUGGUGAGUACUUCCGGACAUUGGCCAACAACACCGUGCUUUUGCUCUUGAGGGAAGGUGAACGCUGGUAUCCGACUGGUGUGGAUGUUAUAAAAGCUGCGAUAUCUGCUAUACCAAAGAUCGUCUGUGAGACGAUUCAUGCGCUUGAGCUGCAUGAUGAGACACCGUCUUGGAAGAUUAUGGACAACAAAGGACGUGUUACGGUUGUAUUGCAUUGGGAUCAACGGCAAGGCGGUGGCGGCGGUGCCAGCAGCAAUGGGUUGUCCAGUGAUAAAUUUUCGCCAUCGAAGAAGGGUCUCUCGGCACAGAAUUCACUCGAUAAAUCAUCACCGGGUCCGCAGCAGCGCUAUCCGAGCCCACAGAUCACUGUAAUAAAUCACGACGACCCCCAGACGGGUAUCUAUCACCCAGGCGGUAGACGACUUUCUAAGCAGGGAGGCUCCUUUGACGGUGUCGUGCACGUGCACACGCCCGAGUGUGCCCAUCACGCGCACACCCCGAGCCGCGCGGGGAGCCCAAGUGCGGCCGAGUGUGAUUUCCACUGUUGCGCCCUGCACGAGGAGGGCCGAAAGAUUGCCGUGCACAAGAGUGUAGCCACAUCACCCAUCCAGGACGGUAGCGGUAGCCCACAGCCACCGCCGAGCUCAAUGACGGACCCCAGUGGGAGGCGAACGUCCGCCAGCAAGGGGCACGUCCGUUUCCUCGAUAUAGCCCCCGAGCGCGACAGCUCGGAGAGCGAAACGGAAAAUACAGUGAUGGAGGAUGAGGCAAUAACGUCGGAAAAGUUCCUUCUACUGAUCGAUCAGCUGUCCGUGGAUCAGAAGCGACAUCUCAGCAUUAAGGAUAUUGGCAUCAUCCUCGAGCGUCUCAGCUCCAAAAUUCUCGACGUUGAACGUCUCGACCGGGAGAGUGAGAGCGAUGAUUGCUACAAUUGGACCAUUAAGGCCACAAUUCGGGGUGAUGCUUUACGUGAAUUAGGUGUUAUCUACAAUGGGAAUUACUAUGCAAUCUCAGAGCAUCCUGGCUACAAGGAGGAGAAUGAGAAUGAGAAUGGUGAGGAAGAGGAUGAAGAUAGAUUAUAGGAGGACGAUUACGAAGACGAGAGUGAAAAUUCCCAAGUGCUUCGCGUGUGAAAUAACAUCACAAAAGUUAAUCCAAAACGAUUUAAUAUAACAUAAAAUAUUAAUCGUUCAAGUGCACGAAGCCUCUCGUCUUCACAGUUUUUUCUUUUAAAAUACUUUUUUUUUAAAUUAUUUUUUCCCAUUUUAUAAAAUAAGAAAUAUAAAAAAUGAGAAAACUAAAAACACAUUUAGAUAAAACAACAACAAAAACAGAUGAAAAAAGUAAAUAAAUUGAGAAAAUGAGAAAAUUUCUAAAUGCAUACAUAUAUUAAUAAAAGUUGUGAUUAGUGAAUGAAAACGAUUCAAUAUAAAAGAAAAA